CUUUCCUUGCAGGAAAGUGAUACUUUAUCACCGUGGAGAUUAAUCAUUUGUAUAUGGGAGCAGCAGAACUGGGGACCAAUUACCUGUCAAGAGUUUUAUAAACCAAUCACAAAAUUGCCAUUACAUUGCUCUCAUCCUCCACUUCGCGGUCAAACUUGUCUUACCGAUGGCAUUCAGGAGGCAAGUGAAAAACUUUGUGAAAAAUUACUCAGAUGCUGAAAUAAAAGUCAGGGAAGCAACUUCUAACGACCCUUGGGGUCCCUCUAGUUCUUUGAUGUUAGAUAUCAGUGACUUGACUUUCAACACAAUUUCCCUCUCAGAGAUUAUGAAUAUGCUAUGGCAGAGACUCAGUGACCAUGGAAAGAACUGGCGCCAUGUUUAUAAAUCCCUUACACUAAUGGAUUAUCUCAUCAAGAAUGGAUCAAAGAAAGUUAUUCAGCAUUGCAGAGAGGGGUUUUGCAACCUUUACACACUAAAAGAUUUUCAACACAUAGAUGAAGCUGGAAAAGAUCAAGGUUAUUAUAUCCGGGAAAAGUGUAAGCAAGUUAUAACAUUGCUGAUGGAUGAGCAGUUGCUGAAUAAUGAGAGAAAAGUGGCAUAUCGGACUAGACAGCGUACCUCCUACUCUGUGACAUCUGCUAAAAAAUUACCUGGUACAGGUAGCUCACCAACAGCAUGUGCUUCUGCCCCCACACCAGAAAUUCCUGCUUCAGACAAGAAGCAUAAGCUUCUUAAGGUUGCAAGGCUACGUAAUAAGAAAAACACUUCCAAGGCGGGACUGAAACAAGAGCAGUGCCAAGACAUUCAGUUGCCCACAGGAACUGUGCUGUCCCAGGAAGCACUUCCACUGGAAAUGCACGCAUGGAAAUCGACAGAGGACCUGAUACUAUUUUAUGAUGAUGAUUCAAAGCAACUUUUACCAACAAUACCUCCUUCAAUUAUCUCAACUGCAUCGCUGUCAGAAGGGGAAACAGAAGUUUGUAACCUCUUGGAUGCAGAUGGUGGGCCUACUCCCUCAGAAAAAAACCCAUCUCUGCCAACAAAUAUGAGUUUAGAGAAGAGACCAGACAGUACCAUUACAAAUACUGUAACAGAAUACCCCUUGGAAAUGCCUCUAGAAAAGCAAUCAGCUACAAAAAGUUGUAAAAUAUUAACAACAUUACCAGCAUUUUGGUCAUCAGGUAAAGAGGAAUGUAUCAGUCCCAAUUUAAGAAUAUCAAAGUCGGAUUCUACUUUCAAUAACCAGGCCUCUGUAGAGACACUGUAUGCCUCUCCCUCAUUCAAAAUAUUUGACCCAGCGAAGGAGACUGUAAUUAAUAAGGAUUAUCAGAAACCAACACAAUCCAGUAUUGUUCAGAUGGAUGAUAAAAACCUCAAGGCAACCACAUGGGGGUCCUUGGGAGGAGCCAAACGGGGUUUCGUGGGUGGGCUGCAGGAAGAUGCAGACAGUUCAAGCUAG